UUUGACAUUGUCAGCAAAGACGCAGCAUUAUACAAAAAAUAACGAGAAGAUAUGAGUCAAGGACCUAAAGUAAUAUCUGAAAUCAUACAUCCCGAACUAGAGCCCGGAGUAAUCAACCAUGAAAUGAUAAGACAAGCCAUCGAGGAUAACUAUCAUAAAGGAGAAGCCGGUCGUCUGGAACGACUUGAAGAGGUUGAAUACAAUAGUGUUGAAGUCCUCCGAUUGGAUUUCCAAAAUAUCCUACGCAUCGAUCAUCUCUGGGUAUUGCCAAAUUUGACCAAGCUUUCAUUAAAUUUUAACAGAUUGGAUAAAAUCGAAAAUCUUGACACACUCGUAGCACUCAAAGAACUGGAUUUAUCAUUCAAUUAUAUCGAGAAAAUAGAAAAUUUAGACAAUCUUAAAAAUCUUGAAAUACUAUCACUUUUCAAUAACGAAAUAGAACUCAUUGAAAAUCUAGAUUCACUGGAGAACCUCAUUAUUCUGAGUUUAGGAAAUAAUAAAAUAAGCACACCGAAAGGUAUUGAAAGGUUCCGUUUCCUCUCCAAAUUGCAUUGUUUGAAUCUAGAAGGGAAUCCACUUCAAGAAGUUGAUGGUUACCCUUUAAAAAAAUAUAUCCAUGCAAUACUACCGAAUCUGAAAUAUUAUCAAUAUGCAUUCAUUAUGAAUGAAAUGAAAGAAGAGGCGAGCGCGUUAUAUGAACUUCAAUUGCGGCAAAUUGAAGAAAAUGAACAAGAAGAAAUUGAACUCCGGGAGAAACGAGCUAAAGCCAUUGCGGACGAACAACGAUUAUCAUCAAGCUUUGUAGAAAAUCUGAAUGAACACCAACUAUUCGAAUCACUAUUCGAAAACGAUGAGGACGGUCGAGCCCUAAGAAUGAUAGGAGAUGACGCCGAAGAACUUAUAAAAGAAUAUAGAAACGAUAUCUAUGCAAUUACGCAACAAAUCUAUCAACUUGGGCUGGAAAAACACGAAGAACGCCUAGACGAAAUCGAAAUGUUCGAAGAAUGUGUUCGGGAAGGGCAGAAAAGAGCGCAAAUAACAGGGCAAACAACCGUUGAGAACUUCCUUGCAGAAAAGGAAGACAUUUUCUCGAAAACGAAAACUAUUUUGAAGCGAGUAGAAGCAAUGGCUGCACAUAAUGAAGAAGCCGAUGCAAUUGAGGGUAUGGAAGAUGUUGAAAAGCAAUUAGGACUCUUUAACGCCAGAAUGGACUAUACGUGGCAACAGCUGAUGGAAGAAGAAGUUCAACUGUUUGAAACUGUCGAGGAAGCAACAGCACAAUUCGACCAUACUAUACAAGAUCUAAUGAAUCAAUUUAUAGAACAGGCGCAAACAUAUUUCGUUCAAUUACGUGAUGUAUCGCUUAAUUUCUCGGAUGCCCUUUCGGAAGCUGUAACCGGCUACAUAACAUUCAUGUCGGCAUCAGGAGCAGAAGAUAAAGUGCCCCAAGAACUGAAAGAAUGCUUAGAAGAUAAGGAUGCGAUUAUGAAUCUCAUCGCUGGAAUGCGUGACAAUCAUAUGCAGAAAAUUGAUGCACGCGAAGAUCGACUAGUAUCAAGAGGACGCCAAUGGGUUUCAAGCCUGAUUGAGGAAAUGCAGAAAUCUGAAAUUCAACGAAAUCGAGCAAAAAUUAUGGAAAUCAACUAUUUCCUGGAUCAAAUGAAAGAAUCAUUUGAACAACUACAAGCUGAUGUUCACGAAGAGGCACUCAAGGAGGAGGGUGCAAUUUGAAAUAAAAUAUCCGCUAUGUAAAAUUUGUAAAACUUUGUAUAUGAUACAAUUUUCUAGAAUCUACAUACAUAAAAAUAAUCAUUAUAAAAACUCUUUGUAUCUCAAAUCAAAGGCAAAUUAAAAAAUA